AUGAAAAGGGAAGAACUGGUUCAACUUUGGAUGGCUUUAGGGUUGGUUCAAGCGGAUGAGGAAAGAAACAAGGAGAUGGAGGAUGUGGGGAAUGAUAUUUUUCAAAUUUUGGUCAGCAAUUCGUUGUUCCAAGAUGUUGAAAGGGAUGAGUAUGGUAACAUCAGUCAUUGUAGCAUGCAUGAUCUGGUGCAUGAUCUUUCAUUAUCACUUUCAAAACAUGAAAGCUUUUGUCUGGUGGAUGCAACAAAUGAUGACAUUGCAUGUAUCCCUCAGGUUAAACAUCUCGCUUUUUACCAACAGAACGAGGAUGAUAAUUUCAAAGCCAAGGUUUCUAUGUUGAUUGAAAGGAAUACAGUGGCUAGAACUUUGCAUACAUUGUUUAUCAAAGUUGAAGUCAAGAAGAAAUUUUCAUUUCAAGGAUUAAAGUGCAUACGCAUCCUAAAACUCAACGGAUUUAGUAUUGAGAUGUUAGACGAUUCAAUUGGAGGGUUGGUGCAUCUCAGGUAUCUUGAUUUGUCAUUUACCAGGAUCAGUGUGCUUCCUGAAUCGAUUGGUAAAUUAUACCACUUGCAAACUCUGAAGUUGCAAGGUUGUGAUGAUCUCAAGUUUCCAGAAGCCAUGAGAAAUUUGAUAAGCCUGCGGUAUUUCAUGUGUGAUAAAGAUAUUCCCACCUAUGUCCUGGGACAGUUGAUUUAUCUUCGAAAACUGUCUUCCGUCAAAGUGGUUGGAAGGAAGGGGCAUGGUAUUGAAGAGCUCCGCCAUUUGAAUAACCUUACUGGAAGCCUCUGUAUUUCACAUCUUGAGAACGUCAUUAGCAAAGAGGAUGCUGUCAAGGCAGACUUAUAUAGAAAGAAAAAUUUAAACAAGAUUGAAUUCAUUUGGAGUGAGUACGACAGAGGUGCCAACAGAAACGAUGUGGGUGUAUUGGCAGGCUUGCAACCCCCACGAGAUGUAAAAAAAUUGACAAUUAUUAAUUUUUCUGGUGAUAAUUUUCCAGAUUGGGUGAUGAAGAUGGCAAUCCAUAUUGAAGGGAAAUGGACGCCCCUUGACAAGCUGGUGGAGAUUAGAUUAUCUGGAUGUAGUAGCUGCCUCUCUCUUCCGACGCUUGAGCACCUACCACAUCUUCGGGAACUUGAGUUAUUGGGAAUGGACAACUUGACAUGGUUAAGGAGUUGCGAUGUUACCGGAUCAACCAAGCCUUUGUCUCCAUCGUUGAGAUCGCUCAAACUAAAUUGUAUGUACAGACUGGAAAAGUGGAUAGAUGGAGCACCCAACAGCUCAAAAAUGAUAUCGCCUGUCCUCGAGAAGUUGGUGAUAGAGAAUUGCCCAAAGAUUAUUCUGUUAGAUGAAUGCCAUCCCCAUCCUCUUGUUUCCUUAUAUAUAUAUAAUUGCAGUGGUCUGGUGUCCAUUACGAGCAUACAAGGCCUUACAUCUCUUGAAUCUUUAAAUAUCUUCAGUUUUGCCUUCUUAAAUGAUUUGAGAGUUGGUCCGUUCUCAAAGGAGUUCGAUUCUUUCCCGAGUCUCCAAGGCAUCCAGAAGUUAAGGGACCACCUUCACUCGUUAGAAUUGAGAGGUUGGGAUCAUAUGGAGUCGAUACCUGAAGAAAUACAACACCUCACCUCACUGACUCGGUUAUACAUAUAUUGA